AUGAAUACAAUAAGGCCUCCCCCAGCUGUCUUGCAGACGCUAGGAUUUGCGCACUACUCACUUGCCUGGUCACCUUUCCAUACGCAACGACUUGCUGUCGCAUCUGCCGCGAAUUACGGCCUUGUCGGGAACGGACGUCUGCACUGCGUCAGUGUAGUGCCAAACGUACCCCACCCGGCAGGGAUACCUGCGUUGAAUCUGGACAAACAGUAUGACACACAGGAUGGCUUAUACGACGUCGCUUGGUCGGAGAUCCACGAGAAUCAGCUUGCUACCGCAUCUGGGGACGGGUCCAUCCGUUUGUGGGAUGUUAUGCUUAAUGAUCUUCCGAUACGCGUAUGGCAGGAGCACACUCGGGAGGUGUUCUCAGUGGACUGGUCCAAUAUUGAGAAGUCGCAAUUCGUAUCCUCAUCAUGGGAAGGCACUGUCAAAAUCUGGACGCCAGAAUCCCCGCGGUCUCUUACUACCCUACAGGCACACCACUCGUGUGUCUACCAGGCCCUUUUCUCUCCACACCAGCCCGCCGUUCUAGCUACUUGUUCCACCGACGGCACGUUGAAGAUAUUCGACGUUCGCGCUCCCUCCUACGCUCCCUCGAAGUUCUCCAAUACCUUCACCGCGCCCUUGACCUCCGCCGCACUAACAAUUCCGGCGUCGGGCACAGAAGUUCUUACCAUCGACUGGAACAAGUACAGGCCAUGGUUGUUGGCCAGCGCUGGCGUUGACAAGGCUAUCAAGAUAUGGGAUUGCCGAAUGGUGAAAAUUGGGCCCGAGGGCUCCGGUGAACAACAGCUUGGCGGCAUAUGCGAGGGGCAGCUGAUGGGCCACGAGUAUGCGGUUCGGAAGAUUCAAUGGUGCCCCCAUCGACCAGAUGUACUGGCAAGCGCGAGCUAUGACAUGACGUGCAGAGUGUGGUCGACCAAUUCACCUCCCGGUGCAAGUCAACUGUUGUACAUUCACGAUCCGCAUACCGAAUUUGUCGUCGGCUGCGCGUGGUCUAUCUAUGAAGAAGGAGUCCUGGCUAGCUGCAGCUGGGACAGCAGAGUUAAUGUUUUCCGUGUAUAA